AUGGCCCUUUUUCGUAUGGGCAUUGUGGACCCUGAGUUGUAUAAAGACCAACUCGUUGUAUUUCUUACUCGCUACCUCAACAACUGCUGGCUUUCACUUCUUCGCGGUGAUGACAAUUUUGUUGUUAGUACGUACACUGCCAUUAAUCAUGACCACCCAAAUUGCGUACUUAAAAGGCUUUUUGGCUUUGCGACACGCGCAUUUCCAGAGCGACCGCCUCUGGAGCUUAUGAAAUAUUCGCCUAAUGAUCCGGAGCAGCUGGAACAUGCGCGAGUAGAAGUGUCCGAGCUGUUGAAAUCAUUUUUCUCAGAAAAUAUACCUGAUGAUUAUUGGGAUCAUCAAUGUGACGCCAUGUCAUUGGAGGAAGAGCGGUCUAUUUGGGUACAAAAUGGCUGCAAUUCAGAAGAUUUCUUUGUCCUUUCUUGA